AUGACCACCCUUCAUCGGCAACUUUCUUACAAGUGUAUAAAUUAUUAUCAGCAUACUUUAUUUAAGCCUCCAAAAUAUGGAAACUGUACUGUAGAAGCAGACACUAUUAAUGAAAAUCUUAUUAAAAUAUCUGACAUAAAAAGCAUAUAUGCAAGUAAAGAUUUAUCAGCUUUUGAAAAACUAAAAACAAAACUUGAUAAUAUUAUAAAUCAAGGUGAAUGGGAGUUCACUGAUGUAAUUGAACAUGAUUAUUCAUUAGCUCCAAUUGUUGACUGUUUAAAAUAUUAUAUAGUAGGGUAUUUAAGUCAUCAAAUAAUGAAAAGGACAACUUGCUCAAAAUGUAAAUCAUGUCUUACAUCUCCACAGAACUACAGCGCUGAAGCACAGCUAACAAAUAUUAAAAGCAAAGGAUGGCUUAAACACCCAAAUAUUUAUUUAUACAAUUUGAUGAGUACAAUAGAAGAUGAAUUUCAAAAAUAUUGUGAAAAUUUAAAUGUAUUUGAUGAUAUAGUAGAAGGAUUAAUCACUAAAUUUGAAACAUUCACUUUUCCAUGUACAGAACAUAAAGAUUAUAUUAUUUCUUAUUCAAUAAAAUAUUAUAUCAGUAUGCGAAUCGCGCCACCAGAGCGGGACCCGACAAUAAGAGCACUACCGAUUUGUGUAAAUUGGUCGAUGAGUUGCAUAGGCCUGGGACCGCUGAUCGAAAUCGUUUUCACGCCGAACGUCUUCUCUGUGGAUCUUCAUAUAAUUGAAUCCCGUGCGCAUGCACAUGCCAUCGGGCGCGUCCCCAGGUUGCGGAUAGGGGAACGCCCUGUAGAUAUACAGGGUAGCCGCGAAAUAAGCCAUCCUUCCUGGAUGGACGAAUAA